AUGACCAACGUCAUCGAUAAACGUGAAAGUAACGUUCCUACCGGAUCUGAUGCCGAGCCUGUUUACUCUUCAUUAGAGAAUGUGUCGACCUCGCAAAGAAAACCUAAAAAGUCUACAAUUAAGGUCAAGUCAGCAGUUGCUACAGUUCUUGCAACAGAACAGCUAAGUGAAGUGGAGCGUUUGGGGAACUUAAGUAUCGAUCAUCCGUACCUAAGCGUGCUUUACAAACGUAUUCGUUCGCAUCGCAAGAAACUUGAGAAAAUUAAGAGUCUAGAGCUAGCACAACAGCAUGAGGGUAAGGUACCGAAUGCUCAGCAGCUAGAUCUCAUGAGCAACAAGGCGACAUUUGAAAAGCUUGUUGCAGAAUUAGAGAUGCUUCGCGAGCAGUUUAUUGGAGUCUUUAGUGAAGAAUUAAAAAAAGAGAAGCUACAGGAAGCUGAAACUGUUACGGUUUGUGAACAGCCGAGGGAAGGAUACCAGGAGCCUGUAGACACGGAAGUGGUAGCUCUAGAAAGUGAACACAAUAUUGAAGAGAUUCAGGAAAACAGAGAACUCAGCAAGAAAGAGAAGGAAUUUGCCGAUGUAAUUGAGCUGUUGAAGGCGCUGCACGUGGUUAAUCUACAUCAGGCCCUGGGAAAAGAAGUGCCAAUGGUACUUGAUUUUUUCUCGAAAAUGCUGCUUGGUAUUACACGUCCACCAGCCGAGUUGUCAUACGAUGAGAAUUUAAUGGAAUCUCUUGAAGAAGCGAAAAAAUAUUUGACGAACAACGACAAGAUAUUUGCGUGUGAAACAACGUAUAGUGAAUUAAAAGUGUUUGUGAAUGAGCUGGCGUCCGAUUUGUCCAACAAAGGAAAAGCAGAAGAGAAAAAUGACGUUUUAAAAAUGGCUGCCAAGAAUGUCGUGGAGGAAAACGAAAAGAGUGAGGUCGAAGAACCAAUAAACAUUCCUGUUGUGCCUGCCGAGAUCAAUACAAUGCCCCAAAUUAGCUUCUUUACCGAGUCACAACUUGAGGCGGAGCACGACAAUUUAAAGGAAACAAAUGUUGUCAAUGGAUCGUUGGAUGCGGCUGUUGAGGUCAAGUCUAUUGAAGAGACUUGUACGAAUAGCGAAAUUCAGAAUGAGGAGAAGGGUGAAGUGCAAGAUGAAUCUUCAUCAUCUAUUCCUACUCCACCGCUUUCAUUUGCUGCGGUUGCUGCUGGUGUGACAACUAAACGUACCACUUCACCGUCUGCUUCGUCAGAUUCGUCUCAUAGUGACAAGAAAGCCAGAGGUAAUAGUCCACAAAAGAGUCAACGCCGUCGUAAUCAGGGUCGCUGGAGAGAGAAGAGUAGUAACAGUAGUGGCAAUAAGACGAAUGGGUCUUCUACUGACGCAGUCAAACAACGACUUACUCGAGUAACCCGCUCAAGUGAUGACAACAAAAACGCUUCAGGAGGUAAACGUAACAACAGAUCAAAAGAGGAUAGACGCCCUCGUUUUGACCGUGAAAUGCAAAAGCAAGGUGAUACAACGCAGCAAGCUACCGCCACCUUGAUUGCCCCACACGCAUAA